UUCUCUUCCAGUGACAGAGACAUCCACACCCAAUGCCAUAACAUCUUCAGUGCACACCCCAAUGGAAACAAGCAACAGUGAGACAACCUCAGCCUCAUCCUCUCCCUUGCCAACGCUGACCAGCUCUUCCACCCACAGCUCCUUCCUGACUUCUGUCUCUCACACAUCCCUUUCCGAACCCACCACCAAUGAAACGACUCUGGCAACAACACUUUCUGCUCCAGCUUCAACAGAACUCACCAACAGUGAGUUGUCUUUGUCAACAACACCCUCCGUGCUCACUGGGUCCGAAACAUCCACUAGCGAGACAGCGGCAACAAGAGCUACUCACUCUGCAGUUGUAUCAACAUCUUCCAGGGAGAUAACAACAAGUGUCUCUCUCUCAACACUCCCUGAAACUUUCCCCAGUGAGACAACUGUAAGGACAACCCCUUCCAGCCCAACCUCCACAGCUGAGAGCAGCACCCUCUCCGAGUCUGUCUCCACGCCCAGCGCUUCCAGCCCAGGCACUGUGACCGAGGGCAGCACCAUGUCUGAGCCCGUCUCCAUGCCCAGCGCUUCGAGCCUGACCUCCACAGCCGAGUCCCACACUGUAUCCGAGUCUGUUCCCUCCUCCAGUGCGUCAAGCCUGACCUCUGCGGCUGAGACCCACACCAUCUCCGAGUCUGUUCCCCCGUCCAGUGCUUCAAGCCCGACAACCGCAGCCGAGGCCAUCAGUGUCUCUGAGCCCGUCUCCACACCCAGCGGUUACAGCCCGAGCUCUGCGACUGAGGCCAGAACGAUGUACGAGCCCGUUUCCACGCACAGCCCUGCCAGCUCGACCUCCACCGUCGAGGCCAUCACCAUCACACAGCCAGCGGUCUCUGAAUUCCCCACCAGUGAGAAAACCGUGACAUUGGUUCCUCCCCAUCCAACUGGGACUGAAUUCACAAGUACGGAGACUGCCAUGGCAAGCUCUCCUUCUCUUCCAGUGACAGAGACAUCCACACGCAAUGCCAUAACACCCUUUUCAGUGCACACCACAGUGGAAACAAGCAACAGUGAGACAACCUCAGCCACAUCCUCUCCACCGCUGACCAGCUCUUCCACCCACAGCUCCUUCCUGACUUCUGUCUCUCACACAUCCCUGUCUGAAACCACGUCCAGUGAAAUGACUCUGGCAACAAGGGUUUCUCCGCCCGGUAGCAGCAGUCCUGCCGCAAACACCACUGGUGGAAGAACCACGAGGGCCGGUUCCACCAUGCCAGCCCCUGUGCAGUGCCAGAACAACGGGACGCUACAGGGGUCCCAGUGCUUCUGUCUCCCAGCCUUUACGGGCCAGAGCUGUGAUGUGCUAAGAAACAACAUCACCAUAGAUGAUGUUGUGGCAGUGAUCAGCAUCAGCUUGGAGGUGGUGAAUGCGGUCUUCAACCUGAGCCUGGAGAACCAGAGCUCCCCUGACUUCAAAGCUUUCGAGACCCGUUUUAAGAAUCAGACUGAGAAGAUCUACAGUGAGAUCCCCCAGUACCAGGGGUUGAAGAUAAUUUCACUGAGAAACGGCAGCAUCAUUGUGGAUCACGAGAUCUUUUUGGCCGUGCCAUAUUCCAGCUACAACAGCACGUACACGGAAGCCGUCAGCAACCUCAGAGACCGCCUGGUCCACCGCAACUGCACCUCCAAUGACACAGACAAAUUGUGCUUUGAAGCUGGAGCCACCCAGGUCAACUCGGUCAAUCUGAACAUAGCAGCGGUCUGCCAGAACGACUCCGUCAUCCCCGCGGCGUACCAGAAAUAUUACUUCCCGCUCAACGUGAGCAACACGCUGAUGUGCGUCUCCAACUGCAGCAGCCAGAGCCCCUACGGCCCCUUCUGCGAGGCAGGGGAGCAGUGCUACCUCGGGGCUCAGGGACCCCAGUGCCGUGAGCCGACCACGACAGUAGCAGGGACUCCGUCAACGCCAACGUCAGCUGAGUUCACAGCAAGUGAGACAGCGCUCAGCACCGCGAUUCAGUCCAGCGCAGAAACACCGAGCUCAGCCACCGCUGCGGUCCCAAACAUGUCUGCGUCCCCCACAGAGAGAAGCACACACGCCAGUUCUUCAGAGACAUCCACAGGAGAAAGUCUGACGACUGCUUCCCAGAAAACUGUGACCUCAUCGUCCAGUGAAAGCCCCACAAGGACGACUGUCACACAGCCAGCUGUCUCUGAAUUCACCACCAACGAGACAACCGUGACAUUGGUUCCUCCUCAUCCAACUGGUACUGAAUUCACAAGUACCGAGAUUACCAUGGCAAGCUCUUCUUCUCUUCCAAUGACAGCGACAUCCACACCCAAUGCCAUAACACCCUUUUCAGUGCACACCACAAUGGAAACAAGCAACAGUGAGACAACCUCAGCCACAUCCUCUCCACUGCCAACGCUGACCAGCUCUUCCACCCACAGCUCCUUCCUGACUUCUGUCUCUCACACAACCCUUUCUGAAACCACCACCAAUGAAACGACUCUGGCAACAACAGUUUCUGCUCCAGUUUCAACAGAAUUUACCAACCGUGAAACAACAUUGUCAACAACACCCCCUGUGUCCGCUCCAUCUGAAACAUCCACUAGCGAGACAGUGGGCACAAGAGCUACUCACUCUGCAGUUGUAUCAACAUCUUCCAGGGAGAUAACGACAAGUGUCUCUCUCUCAACGCUACCUGAAACUUUCCCCAGUGAGACAACCGUAACAACAACUUCUCUUCCCCCUACUUUUAGUGAAUAUACAAGCAGUGAGACUCCCACGGCAACCUCUCUUCCAGUCCUGAGCACAGCCGAAAUUUCCACAAGGGAGGAAAGUCUGACGGCUGCUUCCCAGCCUCCUCUGACAGCAUCGUCCAGUGAAAGUCCCAUAAGGACGACUGUCACACAGCCAGUGGUCUCUGAAAUCACCACCAAUGAGACAACAGUGACAUUGGUUCCUCCUCAUCCAACUGGGACUGAAUUCACACGUACGGAGACUGCCAUGGCAAGCUCUCCUUCUCUUCCAAUGACAGAGACAUCCACACCCAAUGCCAUAACACCCUUUUCAGUGCACACCACAAAGGAAACAAGCAACAGAGGAAAGUCUGACGACUGCUUCCCAGUCUCCUCUGACAGCAUCGUCCAGUGA